AUGGUGCUCGAGGCAACGAUGAUCUGUAUUGACAACUCUGAAUGGAUGCGUAACGGCGAUUACUCUCCUUCUCGAUUUCAAGCCCAAUCCGCCGCUGUAAGUCUCAUUUGCGGUGUUAAAACUCAGUAUAAUCCUGAAAAUACUGUUGGAGUUCUCACUAUGGCGGGGAAAGGCGUUCGGGUUUUGGCUACUCCUACCAGUGACUUGGGCAAAAUCUUAGCUUGUAUGCAUGGUCUAGAAAUAGGCGGUGGGAUGAACCUAGCUGCUGGAAUUCAGGUGGCACAGUUGGCUCUUAAGCAUCGACAGAAUAAGAAGCAGCAGCAAAGGAUUAUCGUCUUUUCUGGAAGUCCUGUCAAGCACGAGAAGAAAAUGUUGGAGAUGAUUGGGAGAAAGUUGAAAAAGAAUAGUGUAGCACUUGACAUUGUCAACUUGGGGAAGAUGACGAGGGGAAGAUGGAGAAGCUUGAAGCACUCCUUGCAGCAGUAA